AUGUCCAAAAUGAUUCAAUCCAGUGCUAAAAUUAAUACUUACUCUGAUGAUCUCCAAAAAGCAAUCAAUACUCAAAUUAAUAACGAAAUUACUGCCAGUCAUGAGUAUUUCCAGUUAGGUUUCUCCUGCGCUCAAGAUGAAAAUGCUCUUCAUGGAUUUGAAGAGUGA